AUGGUCACUUUCAACUGUGAGGUUUGCAACGACACUGUUCCCAAAAAAAAUACGGAAAAGCACUACUAUAAGUGCCCAAAUGCCUAUUACACAUGCAUCGACUGCAACGUCACUUUCGAUGACGGCUUGUCUUAUAAAGCGCACACUCAAUGUAUAAGCGAGGACGAGAGAUAUCAGGGCGCGCUUUAUAAAGGCAAGAAAAAGAAAGGAAAUGCGCAGCAGAAACCUCAGCAACAACGGCAACAGCAAUCACAAGGUGCGAAAAUCGAGGCUAAACAAGCUACGAAAGAAGUUAAAGUUGACUCUAAGGUCGAUAGUAAAAAGGCUGAGAAAGCCAAUUCCAUCGGAGACGGUGCUGUGGUAAGAAUUCCAAGUACUUUACUUGCUGGGAAGAAGGGAAACAACUUGUAUAAAAUCCUAAAAUCUGUCAAAAAUAAAGACGAAAAGAAGAACUUCCUUAAAAAGCUUGUGGUGGACGGGGAAGGCCGUCUGAUUUACCAGGCUGAUUAG